CCGCCACGUCACGUGACCCCAGAACGCCUUCCCUUCCAGCAAAACAUCGCUGAGCAGAAAUCACUUGUCAACAACGGAGCGUCGAUCUCAACACAGCACCGCAACUUCCGCGCGAGCAAACUCUCAAAACUCAUCCACCUUUCGCCUACCUGUCCAGCAAGACAGGCCGACUCAAUGCAUUUCAGAGGACCGAAAACACCGAGGGGAUCAUGGACGGCCACGAUUUGUUUAGCUGUUGCAGAAAGGGCGACAUUUGUAGCGUCAGAUAUCUCGUUGAAGAGCGAGACGUGGACCUCAAUGUAAGAGAUAAUUGGGACAGCAGCCCCUUGUAUUAUGCGUGUCUCUGUGGCCACGAGGAGCUUGUGCAGUACUUGCUGGCAAGUGGUGCCAAAUGCGAGGCCAACACGUUUGAUGGUGAGCGGUGCCUGUACGGCUCGCUGAACGACUCGAUCCGACGCCUGCUCAAAGAAUACAAGUGUGUCGGUGUUCGCGCCAUGAAGCGGCAUGAUUUUAACUACUUCCUGCACUUAUUGCUGGAGCAGGGCCUGCACAGUGACAUCACCUUCGCGGUUCACGGGCAAAUGUUCCCGGCUCACCGAUGUGUGCUCGCCGCCCUUUCGGAGUACUUUGCCGAAAUGUUUGCCACCAAAUGGACAAACAAAAGCUUGAUCCACCUCAAGCAUCCUCUGAUCAACCCUGCAGCUUUUGGAGCCGUUCUGCAGUAUUUAUAUACAGGACGUGCGGAUAUCGACGUGAGCCUGGUGGACGACUGCAGGCGGCUGGCGAAGCAGUGCAAAAUGACGGAUCUCAUGGAGGAGCUGCGGCUGAAAUGCAGGCGGGUGUAUGAAUUUGUGUCCAACAAGCCGGGGAUCUGCGUCAAGGUUCUCAGUCUGGAGCCUCUUAGCUGCCAACUCCAGGAGGACAUGGCCCAGUUGGCCGACUGCGCUCUGCCCCCUCAGCUCAGAGUUGGAUUCGGGGCGCUUCCCUUCAACCGGGUGGACCACCUGCACACCUACCCCGACAUCUGCUUUCGAGUGGAUGGCUACGACUUCUUGUGUCAUAAGGCCUUUUUCUGCGGACGCAGCGAUUACUUCAAAGCCCUGCUGGAGGACCACUUCAGCGAGGGAGAGCAGCUUCAGUCCCAGCCCAGCACGCCGGCCAUCACGCUGCACAACAUCUCCCAUCAGAUUUUCAUCCACGUCAUGUACUACAUCUACAGCGACGACGCGCAGCUGACGCAGGAGAACGCGUUUGACGUGCUGUGCGUGGCCGACAUGUACCUGCUGCCGGGGCUGAAACGUCUGUGCGGGAAGACCCUGGCCAAGAACAUUUGCGAGGACAACGUUCUGUGCGUGUGGAAGACGGCCAAGCUCUUCCGCCUCUCUCGGCUGGAGGAUCAGUGCGUCGAGUUCAUGGCCAGAAUCAUCGAGCGGCUGGUGGAGAAGGAGGAGUUUGCCGAGAUGGUCAAGGAGGACGCCGCCCUGCUGGAGAAGCGACACGAGACCGACUCGGUCCCGCUGAUCGACGACAUCCGCUUCCACAUCGCCAGCAACGUGCAGACCUACAGUGCCAUCGAGGAGGCCAAUCAGAAGCUGGGGGCCUUGGAAGAGCUGCUCUUUAGCAUCGACAUUGACUGCUGAAGGCGCAUGAGGAAAAAAAAAACUCGCUUUCUCAAGUCGUAGGCUGCUUUUAUGGUACUUUACGGCUUUUCACGGUACAUUGUUACAUUAUUGUAGCCGACCUAUUUUUAGUUGUGAGCAAGAAUGAGAAGAUUGCAUGGAUUGUCUUACAUAUGCCGUACUGCCAAGUAAAGUCAGUGGGAAAAGUCU